AGUUUCACAUCGGUUAUAAAUAUGUGUCGGACCAUCCCACCCAACGAGGAGCAGCUGACUAAAAGCAUAAACAAGCAGUGUAGAAUCAGUUUAUGUGUUGUAGAUGAGUCGUUUUAGACUCUCUGUGCUGAUGUACUGAAAAGACGUACCAUCAGAAGCCGUCAUGCUGAAUUCUUCUCAGUAACGUCACGUUGUUUUAUGAAAAUAUGUUUGCCAAACCAUUUCGUGUCAAAUCCAACACCGUAAUCAAAGGAUCAGACAGGAGAAAGCUCAAAGCUGACUUAUCCGCAGCAUUUCCUUCGCUGUCUGCUGAUGAACUGUCUGAACUGGUCCCCAAUAAAGAGGAACUAAAUGUUGUCAAGAUUUAUGCACACAAGGGAGAUGCUGUGACAGUUUACGUUCUUCAUAAAAAUCCAUUGUUCUUUGAAGUGGAUAAAAAACUUUUUCCUACAGUGUAUGUUCUUUGGCGAUACCCCGCUCUCCUACCAGCCUUCAAGACAUGGCCUCCUGUUCUUCAGAAAUUGACUGGAGGGGCAGAUCUCAUGCUCCCAGGUGUGGUGGUGCCUUCAUGUGGUCUCCCAGAUGUGAAACAGGGGGACAGCUGUGCUGUUACAUUAGUGAACAACAGAGCACCUGUUGCAGUUGGAACAGCUGCCGUGGCCACUGAACAGAUGCACAGUUUGGGUAUGAAAGGAAGAGGAGUCUGCAUUCUUCACACGUACAUGGAUUAUCUCUGGGCUUUUGGAGAUAAGUCAGGUCCUCCUUCUUUACCAGAUGCAGAAAGUGAAGCACAUGGGGAGAACGGUGAGGAAUGUGAAAUCAGUGACAAAGAGGAGGAGGAAGUUGAUAAGUGUGUGGAGGAGCAGUCCAGCCCAGAGGAAACGGUCACAGAUCAAGCCCAUUCUGGUUUUGAGGAGCUGAGCCUAGUUGAACAGGAUGAAGAGAAGGGCGAAAAGAGCAAUGAGAAGGAGGAGGAGACCCAGGAUGAGCAGAAAACACCACAAGAGGUAAUGGACGCCAUGCUGUUGCAGUGCUUUCUUCAUGCCCUAAAGAGCAAGGUGAAGAAGUCAGAGCUCCCUCUACUGACGAGUACAUUUCUCCGCAACUAUAUGUUCUCCUGCUGCCCAAGUGGAAAGCAACUUGAUAUCAAGAAGUCGAGCUAUAAGAAGCUUUCCAAGUUUCUACAGACCAUGGAGCAACGGUAUAACAUUGUGCGAGUAAAGGAACUCACCAAGGGUGUGGAGAGUAUUGUGGAGGUGGACUGGAAGAAUCCAGAACUGCGUUCCUUCAGCUUUCCCGAGGACACAGAUGUUGAAUCGACUCCGCUGCCGGAUGGAGAGGAAGGAGAAAUUCCGUAUCAUCCUCCAGAGAUCACAACUCUGUACUCUGUGUCUGCUCGGCUGGAGCCUCUCUUUCUGAAUGCAAACAAGAGGAAAGGAGCAACACUGCAUCCUGCUGAAGUAAGAAGCAUUGUCACGGAGUAUGUGAAGAGCAAUGAGCUGGUGGAUGAAAAUAAUAAGAAUUACGUGACACCAACUCUGUGUGACUGCUUACUGGAGAAAUCAGAGUAUCAGGAGGUAGUCUCUCUCAAAUGGGAUGACCUCUUUAGCAGGACACUGGGAAGAAUGCAGGAGUGCUAUCAAGCUGUGUUUCCAGGGCAACCACCUAUAAUAAAGAAAGGCCAUAUUGAGCCCAUAGACAUUACUGUGGCUUCUCGAGGCUCGAAUAAGAAGGUGACUUUGAUAAAGAACCUGGAAGUGUACGGGUUGGAUCCUGCAGUUGUCGCCAGUGUUUUGCAGCAUAGAGUUCAGGCCAGCUCUGUCUUGCAGCCUGUCCCCGGAGCCAAGGACAGAGUCCUGGUCCAGAUCCAAGGCAACCAGAUUCAACAAGUUGGCAAAUUGCUGCUCGAUCAUUAUCAGAUUCCUCGGAAAUGCAUUCAAGGACUAGAAAAACCUCCAAAGGGUGGCAAGAAAAAAUAGUAUUUCAUUAAAUUGUACCAGCUGUUUUAAGUGUUUAACUGUUUUAUUGUAUGUAAACACAACUACAAUAAACUCUUCACUGUCCAUUAAAUAAAGCCGAUCUGGUGUCAAAUGCUAAA